AUGUUAUUUUCAUCAAGAUGGGUCAAACUACUACAGACCAGAUCGUUUUCCACCGUAAGACUACCUGAUGUAGAAGUCGAUAAUAUUGUCAUUGGUGCAGGUGUUGUAGGAUUAGCCAUCGGUGAGAAAUUAACUAGAGAAAGACCGAAUGAGAUGACAUUUGUGAUUGACAAAAAUAAACGAAUUGGUGAAGAAACAAGUUCUCGCAAUAGUGAAGUCAUUCAUGCAGGGCUUUAUUAUCCUGAAGAUAGUUUAAAAACUAAACUUUGUAUUCAAGGCAACCGUAUGUUGUAUGAUUUAUGUAGAGAGCGUAAGAUACGUCAUAAAAGGAUUGGUAAAUGGAUUGUAGCUCAAAAUAAAGAACAGCAUCAGUACCUUCAACGUCUUUAUAAUAAAGCAACUCGAUUAGGUGUUGAAACUUAUUUUAUCGACCAACAAAGGGAGAUAAAGGCACAAGAACCCAACAUACAUGCUCUCUCAGUACUCGUCUCUCCUUCUACAGGGAUUAUAGAUUCUCAUCAUUUUAUGUCCUAUCUUGAACAACAGAUAUCACAACAGGGAGGUGAUGUUGUCUUGUCUACGUGUGUACGCUCUAUAGAACCUUCCUCUAUAAAGGAGGGCGGCUAUCUGCUUGAGUUGGUCACAAAUAAUAAGGAUGAUGUAUCACUUAUAUGGACAAAACGUGUAUUUAAUUCAGGUGGUCUUCAUGCAGAUAAAGUCAGCAACAUGCUCUUAUCAAAUAAAUAUAAAUUACAUUAUGCAAGAGGUCAUUAUUAUGCUUAUCAUGCACCUUUAAAAGUGAAUCAUUUAAUCUAUCCAUGUCCAGAAAGAGACCUUGCAGGACUUGGUACUCAUUUGACACUUGAUUUGGCUGGAUCUGUUAAGUUUGGACCUGAUGUUGAAUAUAUAGAUAGUCCUCAUGACUAUAGUGUAUCAGAUGAAAGGAAAGACAUGUUUUGUGAAGCGAUUCAGUCUUAUUUACCUUCUUUAAAUAAGGAAAGGCUUCAUGUAGAUUAUUCGGGUAUUAGGUAA